UCUGACGAGCUGAAACGUAGGACAGUAACUUUGAAGUCGGAAUCAACAUGCAGUGAAUUCAAUUUCCAGCAUGGACUGGUAACAAUAGUUGUGUUCGAUAUCGUUGGGUAUACGUCACAGUGCCGCGACAAUCCCUUCAUGUGUGGACUCAAUGGCAGUUUUUCAUGUUUGUCUAUAUAUUUUAGAUUUAGAUUUUCAUUUGAUGAUUUAUUCUUUACUGCAGCUCAUCAUUUGAUCUCGGAGCUUUAUGCGGACAUCAUUUGAUUAUGUUGGCCUCAGCUGCUGGAGGGUGAAACAGGGUCGGCACUCGGCAGGCACCAUCAGCGACCCCACACCCACCACUGAAACCACUCAUUGUUCACACACUGGUGGUCAUCCGUGCUUUUGGGGAGGACAUAUUAAACAAGUCUGUGGUUUUCAUUACCAUUUUAAUAAUGAGUAGCCUAUUCAGUGCCUAAAUGCUAUAAAGAUUAAUAAAGUCAAAGUGUGGUACCUUCCUAUCAUUCGUAUCUUAGUAAUAUAUUAAUAAUAGAGUAUUUAUAUAUAUGAGGUUCUGUACCGUGAAUGAUUUGGAUCGUAGAGUGCGCCUCCAUUUAUUACAACGCUUCUUAUUUGUCGCUGAAGCGGCAUGUCUUGAACCGUGCCGCAGCUAACGACGCGACAUGACGACGCGACAUAACGACACGACACGAUAUAUCCACACGACAUUAACUCAACACGACACAACUGAACGACGUGACGCAACUACGCGAAACAACGACGCGACAUAACGACGAUAAAGACCCGCAUCAGCAUUAUGAAAGCGUUAAACUCGUUGGGAGCGACUCCCUCUUUCCAACCCCUGUUUUUAUGAGUUUUUUAACGUCCGCCUCUUAAUUGAUCGUCCACGCACAUGGUGUAGGACAACUUCUCCAAAACCCUCCCCCCACCCCGCUGGGUUGGACUGCUCUCCGCCUGAAGAGGAGCGCACAGCGCGGGAGAAGAGAUGGAGAUGCUGCUCCUCUUCUUCCCCCUCUUCGUUCUCUCCUCCGCAAGGGCCGGUCCGGGGAACCCUAACGCGGAGGAGCGGCUGAUCAACUACCUGCUGGCCCCCGAGCGCUACAACAAGAUGAUCCGGCCGGCCGUCAACAAGAGCCAGCAGGUCACCAUCUCCAUCCAGGUGUCCCUCUCGCAGCUCAUCAGCGUGAAUGAGAGAGAGCAGAUCAUGACGACCAAUCUGUGGCUGUUUCAGGAGUGGAAUGACUACAGGCUGAGUUGGGACCCAGAGAAAUAUGAAGGCCUCAAAAAGCUGCGCAUUCCUGCCAAGAUGAUCUGGCUCCCGGAUAUUGUGCUCUACAACAAUGCGGACGGCGUUUACGAGGUCUCCUACUGCAACACGGUGGUCUCCCACACCGGCUACAUCUUCUGGCUGCCGCCCGCCAUCUACAAGUCGGCGUGCGCCAUCCAGGUGCGCGACUUCCCCUUCGACCGGCAGAACUGCACGCUCAAGUUCCGCUCCUGGACCUACGACCGCACGGAGAUGGACCUGGCGCUGAUCAGUGACACGGCCAGCCGCGACGACUUCACGCCCAGCGGCGAGUGGGACAUCGUGUCGCUGCCCGCCCGCAAGAACGAGGACCCCCGCGACGCCGCCUACCUGGACAUCACCUACGACUUCAUCAUCCGCCGCAAGCCGCUGUUCUACACCAUCAACCUGAUCAUCCCAUGCGUGCUCAUCACCUCGCUGGCCAUCCUGGUCUUCUACCUGCCGUCCGACUGCGGCGAGAAGAUCGCGCUGUGCAUCUCCGUGCUGCUGGCGCUCACCGUGUUCCUGCUGCUCAUCUCCAAGAUCGUGCCGCCCACCUCGCUGGCUGUACCGCUCGUAGGUAAGUACCUGAUGUUCGCCAUGGUGCUGGUGACCUUCUCCAUCGUGACCAGUGUGUGUGUGCUCAACGUGCACCACCGCUCCCCCUCCACCCACCACAUGCCCCCCUGGGUGCGCAGCGUCUUCCUGGUGCGGCUUCCCGCCUUCCUGCUCAUGCGGCGCCCGGGCAACUCCAGCGGCCGCCAGAGGCUCCGCCGCAAGUACGCCCACAAGUUCCCCCUGGAGGGGGGCCGGGACCCCCCCACGGAGCUCCGGCUGGGCCUGGGGUUCGGGGGGGCCGGAGACGGCGACGCCUGCUUCGCCAACGAGGAGGCGGCGCGGCGGUACGGCUGGAGGGCGGGCGGGGUCCCGGCCGUGGGGGGCGGGGCCGGGGCGGGGGAGGGCGGGGCCGAGGGCGGGGCGGCGACGAGGUGGGACGCGUACCUGGAGGAGGCGGUGGACGGCGUGAAGUUCAUCGCCCGGCACAUGAAGACGGAGGAUGAAGACGAAGGGAUCAUCGAGGACUGGAAGUACGUCGCCAUGGUGAUCGACCGGCUGUUCCUGUGGAUCUUCAUCCUGGUGUGUGUGGUCGGAACGCUGGGGCUGUUCGUUCAGCCACUGUUCCAGAGCUACAACACGCCCAGCGCCGGGGACCAAGAGGUUGGGGAUUUCUGAAAGCCCCUGGGAAACGGAAAGGUAACCCUGUAGCAGCCGAUCUGUUGCUGGUGUACAAACUUUGGAGAGGCUCGUGCCGAAGCAGCACGACGCCUGGAGCGGACUCGUCAUAUCUCCGCUGUGCCAUAAACUAUACGAGGCAUUAAAGUCACUAUUCUCAUUACUGCUACACAUCACCCCUGGACUGGCCAUUACCUCAAACUCUUCACUAUCAGGACAUCAGAGUGACAGUUCACUCCCUUUGUCCCAAACUGUCCCCUUAGAUGUUAAUAUUUACCAUCUGGCUUCACAUUGUUGUGUUUGUUUGAGAUAUUCUUCAAAAUGUUCCUUUCCCGGUCUCUUUGUGUCGGUUGGCCCAUCUGUCUUGCCUUCUUCUUGAGUCUGAUUAGAUUGUUGUGUAUAUUUAUCUCUCUGUUUGUCGCUCCGUUUUAGGGCGUGUUGACCCAAGAAGUGAUGAUAGUUGUAUGAUGUUGUUUUGUAUAUUCCUUAACCAGGGUUAUUCGUUUUAAUAUAUGCAUGUUUCCUGAGUAUACACUUCUGGGAACAGAACAACUCCAUAAAAUAAUAUAUUAAGGUUUACUUUAAUAUCAAUUGAUAUAGCUGAUUUCCUAACUACUUUUAAUGAUGUUUGUUAUGGUCCAACAUGUUUCUAUCUUGAUUAACUGCCUUAAAUACAAUAAACGUUGAAAAAUUCUGGAAACGCAUUGCAGCUCUGUCUGGCCUAAUAAAAGAAAUGCACACUUA